CGUCACGGUCGGAUGGCUGUGUGUACUCUGCAUUGUGAGCCACCUUGGCAAUCCGGAUAUGUGAAGGCUUUCUGUGGCGACUUGCCAGUCUUCUUCACUCAACUCGUCAACUCAGAUACCAGUUCCGGUAACUUAUAGCCAGCGGGCCUGAUCGGAAAGAACUUAGCGAUUGGACGCCCCAUUAUCCUCAAUCAAGAAGACGAACAAGCUGUCUUGGUACGAAAAAUCAAUUCUCGUUCAUUGACAUGGGGUUUUACGAAUUGUAUCCAUUUACUCAAGCCUGGCGUCGGGUCUCAGCCUGAUGCCUCAAGCCAUCCAAGAUGGAGGAGGGCGGGGCUAAAUGGACAUCCCGAAUUGGAAGGCACGGCUUUAUGGUAGCUUCCCGAUAAUAGUAGAUGCCAAAGAGCAAUCUCACGAGCGGGACUUUCUUUAUUCGCUUAGGUGGAAGCACUCUGCGGCUUCCAUGACUGCUCUUCAUUUCUCCUCGGCCAACAAUCUGUUUGAACAUCACCCAUCUCGAGGCCACACAUUCAGGUUUGGCACAUAGGUACUCCGGGAAAUCGGAUGCUGCAAAUGCCGUCAUCCGACUACCAUAAGCCACUCUAGAAUAUUUUCCCAAUCCGAGUCUCCUGAAACCAGCUUGAAGACACACCAGGGCAACGGUAAACUUCUCGGAGACAUGGUCGAUCGGGCCAAGACGCCCAAGUGCGAUAACCCUCAGGGGUCGGACACUCUGAUAUCCGACGCAAAAAGCAUCGAUGGAUCGUGCUCUGGCUCACUCUUCUCGGGAGAGUCGAGCAUUAUAGCUCCCGGAAUUCCACCAGCAUCGAGACCAGCCGCCAAGGCCCGACGAGUUGCAAAAAGGUCUCUGGGCACGCAAGAGGCUGUUUCCAAGAAAGAUGAAGUCGAUGAGUACGAAAUGCCAGGAGGCUCACCACCUACACGACCCAAAAGGUCCCCGAAGCCGAUCCGAAAGCCUCCAAUCACUGCCAAGAUAUUGUCGCCUUCGACGGGACCAUACGCAGUGAGCAAGGAACAGCUUUUCAAGCGACCGGUCUCAAGGAAGACAGACCCGCUCAGCCAUGACACUCCCGCUGCCGCCCACAGACCCUUUGGCGUGAAGAAUGCCGCCCGAGAUUCCAGCUCAUCUCAUAGCACCACCAACAAGGUUGCGAAGGGCACACCAUCCCGGAUGUCUGUUGAGACGAGUCUCGAAUCAGUACCGCAGCUGCCGCGAAGUUUACCAACCUCCCUACCCAAAACUGGUCAAUUAGACAAGUCAUCCGGCAACUUGAUAGAAGAGGAGCAACGUAAGGACCCGGCUGUUGGUGGUUCUGUCCAAGUUGCUUUUUCCGAUUUCAUUCCACAGGAACAUGUUGUUUCUGAGAGCAUACCUUGUGUGCCAUCGAAGGCAAAACACCUCCCGGUCCACUACUUGACAUCUCAUGACACAGUCCAGCCCGUUGUGCCUGCAAGCCCUGACGAGUUACCCAAUCGAGCGUUUGUCCCUGUUGGUAUCGAUAGUGAAUUCAUCGUCAGAGAUACAUACGGGGCCGCCUCUUCGCCCGCCAACCUCAGCAGCGCUUCCAUCAAGAGACCAGCAUCUCCUAUUGGACCUGAUUACCAGAAGAGAGGACGGAUCAACACUCAAGUUCAAUUACCUGAAGAAGCGGAAGAUCCCAAUAAGAGGUCUGCGGCACCCAGGAAAUUGAAUGAUAGUUUGAUCAAUCUGAAAACACGCUACGAAGGCUUGCGUCAUUCAGAUGUUCCACUUGUUGGUCAGACGGCUGUCAUCCCCGGCGUCCCAGGCCUGCGGCAUGGAAAAGCACUACUUCAAAGGUUUGCUGAGGAUGACCAAGAACCCAUUUUGCCGGUUCCAGAGAAGGAGAACAUUGGUAACAGCGAUCUUCCGUUCGAGACUGUGAAUUUUUGCCCGACAAAGUGCAACAAUUUGGACCGAGACAAUGAUUCUCCAUCGAGUGGAGGAAUAGCUGACAACAAGCAGCCUCCGUUUGAAGGAGAAUGGUGGGAAACCAUCCGAGCCAUACUACAGAAUGCCUUGGAGGAUAUAAAAUGUAGAGAAGGAUUGCUUGACGUGUUUGUCGGUGACCUGAUGUCGCUAGAGCAUCAGCUUUCAUCUGUGAUAAAAAUGCAUAGGGAAGACCAAACGAGUAUACUCAGGGUCUGUCGUGAAAGCUCGCACAAUAUCGUGCGACAAUGCGAUAAGGGGCGUGAAUCCCUGCGCAAGAUUACCGAAACAGCCCGAAUGACUGAUAUCAAGAGGAUUUUACUCGAGUCACAGAGUCAGACACAGCGGUUCGUUCAAGUCUUACAGGAUCUGAGCCGUACCUGAUGGCUGUGUAACUGAUCUGAUCUCAAUGUGUACCGAUGGCCGUUAUAAUCGGCGGGACGAUUGGGCAGCGAUCGGGAAAGACACUGAAUGCACAAAUGGCUGCCUCUUUGCCGUUCGAUCUGUCAAAACAAAAAUUUAUUGGGUUGCUAUCUCUUUGCUAAAAUCUUAUUAAGCUUCAUGGCUGGCCUCGAUACCAUUGCUGAAGUUCACUAUCAGUCAAUACUGUCUUGGGAGACAACAUUUUUGCCCCCUCUACUCCUCAUGGAUUAAUGAAAACAGUCGAUUCUUCUGUACACUACUCGCCAGCCAUAGCAAAGAGACAAGACCCUGUUUUCCUCAAACCUGUUCUUUGUCACCAAAGGUACGAUCAGCGAGGAAGAUGGGCAAAGCCAGUAGCAAGCAGACCAGAGAUGCAAACUGGCGUAUGAUAAAGGCAAGUAUUGGGCCAAAGGUGGGCAAGAUGUAGCGCAGGACGUCAUCGACCUGGUAAUGGUCCUCCUGCCUGGCGAUGUAGUACUUAUGGGGGCCAUGUCUGGCGGUGCCGCCAC